CUUUUGCAGCGUUUUCAAUCCGUACUGGGUCCCUACGUUGAAUGAGCUUCAAUAGAAGUUUUCAACAUGCAUAUCGUUUUUAAGCAUAGUCUAAUGAUUAUCAAAUGAAAUUAAAGAAAAAGAACAUUUUUAGUUAUCCUUUGGAUAGAUAGAUCUCAAAAAAAGUUGUCACAUACAUACCCAUCUUUUGUUUUUUUACUGAAACAAAUUUUUUUUUCAUUUUCAAACUAUGCAAUCUUUCUUUGACCAACAAACAACAACACAAAAUCACACUAUUCACUUAUACCAAUAACAUAAAACCAUGUCUCUAUCUCAAACCCAACCAUAUAUCAUUUGAUCUCUAACUUAAAACAAACAAACAAGUUCCAAAAAGGGUACCAAGAUCGACCCAAGAGAGCUCAUCCAAAUGGGUAACACUUUAGGAGGCAAGAAGACUGCAAAGAUCAUGAUGAUUAAUGGUGAUACAAUGAAAUUCAAGACACCGGUUCAUGCUGGUGACGUGCUCAAGGACUAUCCAGGGCUUGUUUUGUUGGAAUCCGAGGCCGUGAAGCAUUUUGGUAUCAGAGCAAAGCCCUUAGAACCAUGGCAAGAAUUGAAGCCAAAGAGGCUUUAUUUUCUUGUAGAGUUGCCUAGGGUUCCUGAAGAGAGGGUCCCGAGAAGGGUCCGGUCCGGGAUUAACAUGAGUGCCAAGGACCGGCUUGAGAGCCUAAUGCUUGCUAGGAGGUCAGCUUCUGACCUUUCAAUUAUGAAACCUAGAAGCAUUGUGAUUGGGGAGGAGAGACAAGGUUCGGAGGCCGCUCAGAGCGGGGAAUUGAGGAGAGUGAAGAUGAGACUGCCGAAGGCGGAGGUGGCUAGGUUGAUGAUGGAGAGUAGGGAUGGGGCUGAUGUGGCUGAGAAGAUUGUGGAUCUUUGCUUGGCAAACAAGGCGGCCGGUGCUGGUGGUGGUGGUGAUGGUGGUGUCGGUGGUGGUGUGCCGCCCAAGGGCAGUGAGGGGGCGUUGGUGCACCAUCACCACCAACAAUUGCAUUGGAAGGAUGGCGACGGAAAGGUGGUCAAAGAUGGUUUCAAGGGGCGUGAGAAGCGAGUGGGUUUUCUACCAAUUAGCGAGGGAGAAAUUCAGCUGGCUCUAGCAUCCUAAAUAGCAAGAUAUUAUAUAGGAUUAAUUACAUUUUACUCCAUCAAUUAUCAUUAAAUAUUAUCUGCAGUCCUUUAAUUUUAAAAUCGUACAUUUAAAGUUCUCAAUUAUCAAAAUUACUUGAUUUUCACCCUCUCCACGGAGAGGGUUUAAAUGUACAGUUUUAAAAUUGAGGGAGUAAAAUGAUAUUUAAUAAUAAUUGAGCAAGUAAAGUAUAAUUAACCUAUAUAUAGAUGACUCGACUGAUUUCCAUGGUUGACGUACAUACUUUCUCCCUACAUUUCCUGGUGGAGUUUUUAGCAACUUUAAGUGAUCCUUGUUGUUUUUUUGGUAUGUAUCAAAUGUGCUUUUAGAUGUUGAAGAAUUGUAAAAUUACAUAAUUAGUUAAUUGUGGAGGACAUGUUUCUUGAAUUCAAUUCAAAGUUUAACUUCUCUGUAAUCAAGCUUUCCAUCAGUAGUAAAAGAGAUGUUUACUCUUA